CUUCGUUUGAACGCCACCUUUGCAAGUCUUUCCCAAUACGUACAAGUUUCUCUCUUUCGCUGCCGUGGAAGGUUUUCGUCUUUUUCCUCGAUAGAAAAUUUUCCAUUGAAGAAAGAAAAUUCACUCUCCAGCAGCGUUCGUGCAAUCAAAUCUCCUAGUUCUGAUCAUAUAAAAUGGCUCUCUCUUACUCCAACGCUAAGCUUCUCUCUGUUCUCGUCGUCGACGGAUUCGCUACUGCUAUCAGCAGGCGUGGAUACUCGGCAUCUUCACAAGGAAUAAUGGCUACGGUGGCAAGAACAGGGACUUCCGGUGCGAGGAUGGGGAAGACGCCAGGGGAAGAUGCGGCGCGGUCCACCGAGAAGGUGGCGUGGGUCCCAGACCCCGUGACUGGCUACUACAGACCAGAGAAUCGCGUGGAAGAGAUCGACGUGGCAGAGCUGCGUGCACUGCUCUUAAACAACAAGCACUGAUUAAACGUCGUGGGGAAUUCAUUCUCCGACGGCCUUGGAAUUAAUCGCCUCCUACCGAAAAAAGAAACUUAAAAAUUGGGGCCCACGCAGGGGGCUCGAUUGUGAAGUGGAGAAACAUUGGACUCGGAUUACUUAUGGCUGGAUGUAGCCUGUAACUCUACUGUAGUGGCUACUGGAUAUUAAUAACGACGGAGGCUUUUCUUCGUUCCUUUCUUUUCGAAAUGAAAUACAGAUACUAUUUAUGAUUUUAUAUA